AGAAGGAGAGGAGGAGGAGAAGAGGAGAAGAAGAAGAGGAGAAGGAGAAGAAGAAGAAGAAGAAGAAGAAGAAGAAGAAGAGGAGCAUGUCGCGGAAAAAAUGCUCAACAAGUUCAGCCAUACCCGAGGGUGGAGGGGAGGAUGUGUCGGGAGGAGAGGAAGGGAGAGAGGGGAAGGAGAGGGGAAGCUCCGCCGGCUUAAGCGCUCCUCCACCGGGCCCCCAGAGCGGCGCGUCCCCGCGGGGGCAGAAGGUCUCCAAAGAAGUUUACUUCGCUUUUCUCCCUGACAAAUACGAACCGCUUAUCGAGGAGGUGGGAGAGGAGACGGCGGAGGAGAGAAGGCGCAGGAAAGAGGAGAAGAGGAGAAAGAAGAAGGAGAAGCAAAAGAAAUACAGAAAGAACGUUGGCAAGGCACUGCGGUUCGGCUGGCGAUGUCUUGUUGCCGGGUUACAGAAUUUAGCGGGGGCUUAUGCCACGCCCCUUUCAGCAGUCAGCACGCUAGUGACACAAACCCACCAAACUGCCAGCAACAAAGCAUGAUGGGACUUUGGAGUGCCAGGACACCCUUACUCAAACGCCCACGCCCACGUGCACGCACGCACGCACGCACGCACGCACAGAAACACACACACACCUGUGCUUUGACCUUUGCUCCAUCUCUAUGGGCAGAAAUUGAGGCCAUUAAAAAAGGAGUUUAACUGCAGUAAUUUGAAGAUGUGCUGCUGCAACUGAAAUAGUGCUAAAACAACUGAAUCUGAAUAGCAAGAUCUGAAUUUCAGUAUAAACUUCUGAAAUCUACAUUGGCAUCCAACUUUACAGUUUAAUUUCAAGCCAAAUGUCAAUUUUCCACAUUCAAACGCACGUCUUUCAUUCAAGGCUUAGUUUCCAGCAAAACACACAUACGAGGAAAGGAGCAAAGACUAAGUCAGCCUUACGUAGGACGAUCCGCAGAUAUCUCAACCUACCAGCAAGUACUUCUUCUUCUUGUGUUUUAGAAAUUAUUAAAUAUGUAUGUUUGUAUCUUAUCAUUCUUGUAGCCACAUUUUCAAAAAUUCACGUUUUUUUUAAAUCAGUGAAUUGUGACUUUUUUUAAUGCAUUGUAUGAUCUACCCUAGAAGUUAUUUAGGAAUAUAUACAUGUUUGUCUAACCUGAUUCCCACUCAUCUGUUCCUGUUUGUCCAGCCGCUCACUCUCCUGAUGAUGUAGUGUUUUUAAUGUAUUGAACCUGAAUCCUCAGAAACUGUGUUAUUACAUCUAAUAUCAUAAUUUCAAUGUUCAGCCCGGCCAGGGUCCAUGAGAGAUGAGAAGAAAAUGUGGUUUACUGUAGUGAAGAAGUGGAAGAUGCAUUUUAUAAACAGUAAAGAUGUCGUAGUGAUGACAGUAGCGGUCUUCAUUAAACACACAUGGGCAGAGACAGAGGUGAAAGCUGGUUGGAAGAUGAAUGUAAAAAAAGAGAACGACAUUGGAGGAAUAAGAAGAGGAAAAAGUGUGUGUGUGUGUGUGUGUGUGUGUGUGUGUGUGUGUGUGUGUGUGUGUGUGUGUGUGUGUGUGUGUGUGUGUGUGUGU